GAGGGAGAGGGGGAGGGAGAGAGAGAGAGAGAAGGUUUCUCUUAUUAGGCAGUGAUUCAUUGCCUCAUCAGUCUGAGUUCUGCUCUCAGCUCCACAGUGGCGGUGUUUCUUUAUUAUUUUUUUCACUUUGUGUAGACCCCCACGAGAAAAGCAUGGAGAAAAAAUGACUGUGAAUCAAGGGCCAGUGAGAUUCCACACUGAUUAGUGAAAGAGAGACCAUGUGGAAGUCACAUGAGUGCAGAGGAUGAGGUGACAACAACUGCGACCAGAGAGAAGCAACUUUACUACUGGCCUGAGACCGCCAGCGGAUCAGACUGUCUUCCUUUACCCUUCAGACCCCCCGGUACAACAGGGGCGACUGCACUGAGAGCUUUACCAAUUACAACAGGAACAACCACAAUGAGUAGGAACUCCACCACGCCUACUGACGUCACUGGAGACGCAGCGGCUGGCUACAUCUUGGUACCGUUCCUCUUCAUCACUGUCAUUGGGAUAGCUGUUGCCGGGGUGAUGUACGUACAGAAGAAAAGAAGGGUAGACAGAUUACGACACCAGCUGCUGCCCAUGUACACCUACGACCCUUCAGAGGAGCUGGGCGAGGCGGAGCAAGAGCUGCUGUUGAGGGAAGAAGACACAAAGAGUCUGAGCGCAGAAGAAACGGGAGCCUUGCAAGGCUGUAGGUCAUGAAGGCAGAGUAGGCAAGGCUUUCAGCUGGAAAGGUAACUCGCAGCUUCUCAUCUCUACUUCAAACGAAGGGAUCAGGCCAGUCUGUGCUCUUUUGAAAUUGCAGACUGGUUCCAUAAAUACACGGUCUGCCACUUUUCCUGUCACAUCUUUUAACCGUUUUCGUUCAGUCAAACACCUUCUGAUGAAUUGGACCUCGCAGCUAAACUUAAAAACCAAAAAAAAGAAAUGACCUUGAUUUUAAAGGUUAUCGCUAAUGAAAUAAAUGUGAACUGUCACUCAUUUCCAUUUUCUAUGUAGGUGCUGCAGGCUGUGAUAUUAUAUUACAUUGUCCUUGGGGGUCUACUUCCAUUUCUAUUAUAAGGAAAGCAGCUGGUUGGUAAUGCUAGGACAGGCGAUAUUAAAAGCUUCUGGGAAAUGCAAGUGUAACAGACUUGUCUGAAGUGACGGCAUUCAAAGUGAUGUGCUUUCUGUAACCAAAACGAGGUACAAGAUGUAUUUAUUUUAUUGAUUUAUUUAUAACCUGCAUUUCUUUCAAACACUGCACGUGUGAGGUCAACAUCGACUCCUCGACAGUUAAGAUUAGCUAGGAGCGCUUUUUUGUUGCAGACAAACGUUCAUAUGAACGCACACACACGCUUCGGGGCUUUGAAUAUUGAAAUACUUGUAUCAUACUUUUUUGUCCUGAUUUUAAAACAUAUUUGAUAUGCAAAUUCAUGGAAACCAAGAAUAUUUGUAAUUAUUUUUUACAUAAAAAAACGCUAUCAAUUAAUUAUUAUAUGGGUUAAAAUAACUCCCAUUGCAUAGCAGUUCGAUCCAUUCCUGGUUUUAUUAUGAGUUUAGCAAGACGCACCUCAGCAUGUUACCUCCACACUGUAGCUAAUCAAGCUAGUACUAAAACCUGGACAGGGUGGAAGUGCUAUGCAGUAGGAGUCUGCUUUCCCUCUUUUAGCGGCUGGUCUUGUGGUUCUGUAAUUCUGUGGUCUGUUUCCUGUGUAGGUGUUACAGGGCUGGGGAAGGGCUUAUCAGCACCGGCGCCCCCCCUUGCAGAAGGAUGUCCAUGCGUGAGGCUGGGUGACUGCACCAGCACAGAGACUGGCAGACGGGCUCGGUGAAUCCUGCCAGUUGAACGAUUCGUUGUCUGCUGCAGUGGAGUUGCAGCACCUGUUUGAGACAGAACGAUGAUUUCAAAUUGUUUGUUUUUUCACAUGCUUUCCUUCACCCUGCCCAACUGGGAAUCCAUAGUUUUAUAUUUUUGAUUCGGUCGUCCAAAAUCCAGUGUUUCUCGACUCUUCAGUUUCGUACUGAAGUCGAUUGCUCCUGCUAUCAUUAUACGGUGUUCAAUCCUAUCCUGGCCAAAAUAUAACAAACUUCAAGGUAUGAAAUGCAAAUGAUUAGUUUUUUAUUUAACGAGAAAAAACACAUCUGUUUUUUCUUUUUUUUUACAGUAUUGUUUGUUAAUGUCGUUCUGUUUGUUGAAACCUUAAAAGCACUGUUUAAUAUCCAGGAAGUGUUAAAUUAUAUAUUCCUUCCUGUUAUAGAUGCUUUGUUUAUAUGUGUUAUUAUAU